GCUAUGCAGUCGAUUCCUGAAGCAGCAGCCUAUAUUCGCCGUGACGAUGAAGAAAAUGUAACUCUUCUUGAUGAACCUGAACCUGAUGAGGAGCAGCUGGACAUCAAAGCAGAAAAAUACAUCAAACAACAUAAUGAAAAAAAUUUAACAGAGCUAGAAGAGGGAGAUCUUGUUAGGAUUCGACACUUUUUGUACGAUCAUUGGCUUGUGUAUAUUGGGAACGGUGAGGUCAUUCAUUUCUCUUCACCAGAUAAUAAGCGGGGCAAAAAGCAAAGAGCUAAGCAAUUUAUAAAUAAUUUCUCCGUCUUCGGUGCCCUUUGA